AUGUCGACUACCAUGACGACGCUCCAAGCGCAGCCCUCCUCUGUGAUCGAUGCCAGCAAGCCCUUCAUGAUCCAAACCUCCAAGUGCUUGAACCCGGACUCAGCUACCAAGCGCACAGGAAGCUACCUAUGCCAAGUCUCGGCCCCUUUCUCUCCUACAACUGACAUUCGCGCUUCCCUAUUGAACAUUCCUUCAUCCAACGCUACCGAUUCCCUCGCAUCUGCGCUAUCCACCUUUCCCUCGCCGCCGCACACAAUAGCAAACCAGCUGCAACAGCAGAAUAGCCGCAAUCAUGACGCUCAUAAGGGUCCCCAACGUCCAAGCUCCUACGGCAGCUCCUCGAAUGCAUCAGAGGAUACGCUGGUGCCAGCAAGCCCGCUUCAGUGCGGUGCCUCACAUGAGUCCUCCUCCCAAUCAAGCGGCCCGCCAAUCUACGACGGACACGAGAACGCCGGCGAAGCGCUCGAGAUUGACCCUGCUCUCACAGCGACUGCGCCUAUGGCAAUUUCUCACUUCAGCUCUCACUUGACCCAAGCAAGUCUUCCGAGCAUUGCCUCUUCUGUCCAUCCUGAUCUGCCUGUCCCCGUCUCGAUGCACAAGACCGGAGGCGAUGCAGACGAUGCAGAUGAUUUCGAGGCCAUCCUUUCCUGUCUCGACCUUGGCAAGCACUUGAAAGCACAAACGACUCGCGCUACCACUCAGCACGGCCCAAACUCGGCUUCUUCAAACAGACUACCAACAUCGAUGCACCGGUUCGAGUCCGCACUCUCUUGCUUCCGUUUGGUAGCUCUAGAGCUUGUCCAGCAGCUCGAACUUCACCUCGAUGGCAGCCAUUCUAAGCUUGACGAUCUGCUCCUCUCCUCCAUCCGACGCGCGGCGACGCAAGGUCUCGAGGCUAUGAUUAUGCUUUCUUGGUUCAGAGAGACCAAACUUGAAGGUCCCGCUACAGCAAAGAUCAAAGCUGACUCGAUCCCAGCUGCCGAUCAUCAUUGUCAAGAUGGCCAGCACAAGUUGCAGAUGUCUCGAGCUCCAGCUGCCAACGCUUCUGUCAAUCAGUAUCCCCCAACCAAGCCAAUUCCAGCUGAGAACAGCAGAGGUAGCCCCCACCGAGUCGCCGAAGAGCGAAACGAUGAAGCCUGCAAGCAUGUCGACACUCGUCGCAACGCCUUUGAUUCGCCCACACGAGACCAUGCCGUGAUGAGCGACCUCUUGGCUCAGCGCAACGAGAAGCAAGCGCUGCCCCAGACAGCCAAUGCAAACCUCACCACCAGUCUCUCGAUCGAAGAACUUGCAAAAGCACGCUCCUCUACUCCUCUCCACUUUGACCGACCCGCUUCGCCAUACGUUUCCUCACAAAGACGAGGACAGCGUGGUCUCGCCACCGCAAAAGUGUCCCUUUUCGACUCCCGUCAAGUUGCAAGUAAUGCCAAAGCUCCCUUCCAGGGCUUCUCCAACCAUACCGACAACCGACUUUCCAUGAAAGCACAGGCUGAAACGAUUCGCCGCGUACCAUCGCUACACGUGUCCAAGCCAGCAUCGAGCAACACUCGUAUCGCUCCAAGGGAAGAAGAACUGGUUUGCAAAUUUGAACAACUCGUUCAGUUCCCCAGUGCGGCUCCUUCCCCUCCCAUUACCUUAGCGUUGGCACCUGCGAACGAGCAUCCCGACACCGCCAGACAGCCCAAGCAAUCGCUCAAGUCUCUGCGAAAUUUCAAGAUCAGCUUGCGUUCCGCCUACAAAGACUCCCCGCCAGCCCCCAGAAACAAGGUUGGCAACGCCUCAUCCGUCACAGCCGUCGCCUCUCAUUCCAGUCCUCAAGUGCGACCGGCCUCGGCGGAUUCUUGGCAAGCAAUGCAGUGCAACGUAUCAGACGCAAUUCCUGGCAUCGCCAGGUCUAGCUACAUUCGAGCGCUGAUUCCUGCCUCACAGCGUCCACUGUCUCAAGUCUGCAGCAGCACCAAAACUGCUGUUCUUCCAGGAAUGAAGCUUGCAGGCGCUAUCAAGCCUUUGAAUCGGAUAGGGCGCGAUCAGGGGCACAUUUCUGUUGCAGCAGGUUCUGAGGAGAUGGAGCAGGGCUGUCGUAAGCUCUCGCUUCGUUCGUUGUGGCGUGUCUUUAUGGGUUAG